CACAGAAGCAGUGCUGAUUCUUCUUCCCCACUGGAAGGUUACUUUCCACUGCUAUCAUCACUGUCUGAAAAUGUACUGGAAGAACACUUGAUGGGAAAUAUUGUGCCUGUUAGCAACAGAAGUGUGGACUUGUCAAACUUUCAAAAUACUGUAGAUUUGACCCAAGCUAUUAGCCAUGAUGUGAGCCUUCAUGAUGCUACAGUGAUGGGAUCAGACCACACUACUGCAAUAAACAGAGAGAGAAGGAAUUUGGAGAUACUGGAGAGUUUGUCAUUAAAUUCUAGCCUAACAGAUUUCAACACAUCACUGAUUGAUGGUACCAGCUUCCUGGAGAAAUUUGCACCUGAUAAUUGUUGUAGGAACCUAACCAACCAGGAUUAUUCCUUGGGCCUGGAUACAAAUGGAUUUGAUGAAAUAAAUCUCAUGUCAUUAGCUAUGGAGGAAAACUUUGAUCCUGUGGAAGCCUGCCAUCUUUUUGAAGAACCAGAUUCUGAUUCUGGACUUUCUUUAGAUCUAAACUGCAGCAAUUCGUCACUUGUUUUUACCUGCGACAGUGAUGUUGAAUCUUCCACCUCAGAUGAUCUAGGAGCUGUAGGAGGUUGCUGCCUAGAAUUUAGCAAAUAUUGCCACACGGAUUAUCAAAAUAAUUGCCUUCGUGCAAAAUUGCAUGUAGAUGUGUUUCAUGAUCACACAUACAGUCAAAUCACACAUCAGCUGGCAUCCUCUAUGUCAGAACAUUACCUCACUUGGCUGGAGAAAUCCAGUAAAACCACAAGUAGAAAUGUAAGUAAUAUAGAAAGAAACCAAAGCCAUGAUGAAUACCGUGCAAAAGCCCUGAGAAUUCCGUUCUCGGUAAGUGAUAUUGUGACCUUGCCAGUUGAUUCCUUUAAUAGCAUGUUAUCAAAAUACUCCCUGACAGAUGAUCAACUAUCGCUCAUUCGUGACAUAAGGCGGAGAGGAAAAAACAAAGUUGCUGCUCAAAACUGCCGUAAACGUAAACUAGAUGCAAUUACGAACCUGAAAGAUGAUGUAUAUCACCUUCAAGCACAAAAGGAAAGGCUUAAGAAGGAAAGGGCCCAAUGCAAUAGAUCAAUUAGCAAUGUAAAACAAAAACUCAAUGAUCUUUGUUGGGACAUUUUCAGUAGAUUAAGAGAUGACCAAGGAAGACCUGUUAACCCAAGCCAAUAUACUGUACAUUAUUCUAGCAAUGGCACUGUUCUGAUUAUACCUGGAAAAGGAAUAAAAUUGGAACGUAAACUAAACAAAACUAAAAGAUGACACAAUUAUAAAAAUUGCUUUAGAAAACUAAUGGAAAUUGGUGCUUGUUUUUAAAGUGUAUUUGAAGUUAAGCUUUUACAUAGAAAAUAAACUGAUCAAAAUUACCCACCUACCUUAUGAAUCAAAGGCUUUCAAUGAAAGUUCCUAAU